GGCAGGAGCAGGAGCGGCGCGCGGGUCGCUCGGUUUCUGGGUGUUGGAUGCUACCGCAAUUUCGGGGCGUGGCUCUGUCGGUUGCUCUGGCCAAUAGGGCGACGGUGGUGGCGGGAGCUGGCAAGGGCUGGCCACCGCCGCCCCAGUCACUGUCCGGCCACCGUGGUGCACGCACCCGCCAUGACGCUCGACCCCCGGCCCCGAGUAGUGCCCACGUCACCCUCCUCCUCCUCCUCCUCCUCCUCUACCUCCUCCAUAUCGGGUAUGGACCCGACGCCUCGCCCUCCCCCUUCCUCGUCCCCUCCGCCGUCUCGCCCGCCGCCGCCGCCCACACUUCCGGUCUCGUCCUUGGCAUCCGCCUCGGCACUCUCCAUGGUGCCUCGGUCGUCGGCUUUCACAGCCGUCUUUCCCUCGGUCGGCCGGAACUACCUGCCCGACUUGACGGCGCUCAACCUGGCGGCCUUCGAGUCCUAUCUCGCCCUGUCGGGGCUCUCCCGCCUGACGCACUCGCGCCCCUCCGACGCCCUCUCCUCCAGCGCCAAGAAGUUCGACUUCUCUCGACUGGCAGAGAGCGUCUCCGAGGGCGAGAAGAGAGUGGCGGGCAGCCCGCCGCCGCCGCCGCCCGCGCCUCCUUCGUCCACCACAGCCGCCGCUGCCGCGGCCGCAGCGGUGGCGCCUUUGAUGUCCUCAGUGAGAUCGCUGCCCCUCCUCGCCGACACUUACCCUCUGCUGCUCAGCCCCCUCUACCAGUCCAUGCUGGCACAGCACCAACAGCACCAACAACAGCAGCAGCAGCAACAGCACCAUCAACAGCAGCAGCACCAGCCACAGCAGCACCCGACUCUCGGCUACAGGAGAUCGGCGACCGGAAGAGGCCGCGCCCCCCGCCCCAAGAAGCAGUUCAUCUGCAAGUACUGCAACAGGCACUUCACCAAGAGCUACAACCUCCUCAUCCACGAGAGAACCCACACGGACGAGAGGCCCUACACUUGCGACAUCUGCGGAAAGGCCUUCAGGAGGCAAGACCACCUCAGGGACCACAGGUACAUCCACAGCAAAGAGAAGCCCUUCAAAUGCACGGACUGCGGCAAGGGCUUUUGUCAGAGUCGUACCCUGGCCGUGCACAGGAUCCUUCACAUGGAAGAAUCCCCCCACAAGUGCCCUACCUGCGGCAGGAGCUUCAACCAGCGGAGCAACCUGAAGACCCACCUCCUGACACACACCGAUAUCAAGCCUUAUACGUGUAUGCAGUGCGAUAAGGUCUUCCGUCGCAAUUGCGACCUGAGACGCCACGCCUUAACGCACAAUUUGACCUCGCCGCUGGAACUUGACCUCAGCUCCCUUCCGCCGUCGUCUUCAGAGUCCCCUCUGCACUCUCUGGAUUUGCCCUCGCCGGCAGCGACCCUUCACCAUCGGCCUACGACUCUCUCGCCCACCGGCGUUCCAGGACCAGCGGGAGAUGAGGAUGACAUCGAGAGAAGUUCGGGGGUCCUCCACAGCGCCAGGUCCUACAGCAGCGACGAGGAGGAAGCGGCAAGAGCAGGGAAGAGGUCCAAAACGGAUCAGGCUUUAGGGGACAUUGACGACCCCAUAAGCAGCGUCGAUUUCGAUGAUGACGAGGACGAUGAUGAGGACGAUUUUACGAAAGACGACCUCGACGACGACGAUGAUGACGACAGCAACCACUCGAGUCCGCCGACCCUUUUGGGCAGGUUCCGAUCCCAGGCGCAGAAAGAGGCCUUGAAUUUAGGCGCUUCCAGCUCCACCGCCUCCCUCGCCUCGUUCAGCAUUGCUUCCAUCAUGGGCGGCGCUGAAUGAUAGGCUGAAAUGGUCGGGAUGCGAAUUCAGAAGCGCUGUGUGUUCAUUCGAGAGAUGAGACACGAAAGUGAAAAGUGAGAACGGUUAUAUAGAAGCGAAGAAAUGCCAUAUUUCCAGCGAGGAAACCUAGGCCUAAGCGAUGAGUUCCUACCGUACAAAGACUCAUUUCGAAUAAAAGACAUUGCGCAUAAAUCAUUUUCAGAUCAAAGAGUGAGCUUUAUACUAAGUUGUCACGAAUGUUGAUGAUAAUCCUGAGUCCAAUAGCUCCUUCCUGGGUUACUCACCGGACAAGGAACCACAGAAGUCUCCUCUCACAAUUCAACGGGGGCAGCCUCCCCGGUCUGGUAGAUAAAGAGAGUGGAGGUGUCAGGUCGUCUAGUCAUGGACCAAUCUAAAAAAAGGCGGGAAAGGUUCUUUGUAUUCCUCAUCUCUAGACCGCAUGCGCGCCCUUGAAGACAACGCGCAAACACGUUCUCAGAAUUACUACACUGAAGAGUUUCAUUCUUGAGCAAAGAAGACUGAUAACGAAGGUCCUCCCUCCCCCGUCCACAUCGUUUAUGCGGCGUUGGUGAAAUAUUCGGAAAAGGAAAGUCUAACUGACAGAAAAGACUAACAUCCACUUCAGGUUCUGCUGUAAAUUGUGUAAGAAAGAAACCAGGCUUUAGACUUUUAGAAUGUAUGUGCGCUUUUAUGUUGGUGUGCUCACAGUAAUGUAAAGUAACUACUUAUAAGUCAUGGAGAAAGAAUAGCACGUGUUUGUUUAAAAGACUUACCAGUAUAGUGAUAUUUGAUUUCGAGACCCAAAGAGGGUUCACAUAAUCACUCCGAGAUUGCAAUAAAAGUGUUAAGCAAAGCAAGGUUUAUCGCUCAGAAGGCGUAACAAAAAUUGCAAGAAGCGAUUGUCGUCGUAAGAAGUCGUCCUAGGGCCAGUCGUUCUAGAGCCCGAAAGGACAAUUUGUUGUCGUCUAUCCUGUGAACAUUUACGAGGUGUACUGGCGCAUUCAUUGCUACGGGUUGAGGGUGAACAGACACGUAAAGUGACCCCGAAAAUGUCAAUGAACAGGUCUGCCUGAGCAAGAACACUGUUCACUGUACCAAAGGCGGUAACAGGAGGGAUCUACCCGUCCCGCUGAUGUCAAAUUAUUUGCGAUCUAUUGGAGCUACAUGAUGACUUUGGGGCGUUUGUUUAUAGUUGCUUCAUACAAUGUCUAAUCUCGACACUUAGUGAGGAAAUGAAAUCCUUGGCGAUAUGGACCAAGUCUAAUUAUUCCACUGUAGGUGGUCAUUUUGAACUCUUGAUAUCCCAGUGAUGCUCCGGUGGUACAAAAGAUGUCUUUUGAAGCGUUAAGAUUUCAGAUUUUUUUUCUUUUGUUUGAUUUUAACUCGUUGUUUCUGCGUGACGGAAAUGAAGGUUUCUUGCCGAGUACCAAUAAAUCUCAAGAAGACUGUUGCGUCCUCUGGUCUCUUUCUGUCUCGAAGCUUUUGAAAUUAGGAAAUGCAGAAGAUUUGUGGAAGAAAUCAGUGACUUUCUCGCGCUAAUGAGCGAGUAUUGAGCAUCGUUUUCUCACUUCAGCGGCAGAUGGUAAGAUAAAAAUCAUGGAAGUAAAGAACACCAAAAUAAAAUACCCUUUGGCUGCUCUGUUCACAAAAGGUAUUCUCGUUUUCUUAGCUUUCGGGCAAAAUGAAACCUGGUCUGAAGCCAAUUCAUCAGCAAUAUUAAUAAAACACGUUCCAAUACCUCAGUGUAAUUUAUAAUCAUUUUUUGUUAUUGUUGUUGUUGAUGUUUGUGUAGUAAUCUUUUUUCAUAAGUUUGCAGACACCUCCCGUGUGAACAUUCCAUUUCAUUUUCUCCGCGUGCCAUUUCAUUCAUAACUUCACCUCGGACAGGGCAGAGGAAGUAAUCUGCUCUAUAUUAUUAUUAUUUUGUGGGCACUGGCUGCCAUUGUGCCACACAGGUCAAGGGGAUCAUUUACAGGAACAAAUAUCAUUUGAAGUCGUUUAUGGAUCUUCCAACCUGUCGGGUUGCUGUGAAGUGGCAAGUUUGGAUCCGUCAAUAACGAUUGUUUCGUCAUUUCCGUUUCGUUGUAAAUCAAGCUCAGGUCUGUUGAUUUUGUUUUUAUUGUGUCAGUGUGAAACAAACGAAUGUAACAGUUACUAUUACAAUCACAAAGUUCUGGGCAUUUUUUUUUGUAAGUAUUCACGAAUGUAAGAUUCGAGAUAUGCGAGGUAGUAUGCAUAUGCUGUAUGUAAGUUCAUGUAUGAUAAAAUUAUAACUCAGGUGAUCUUUAAAUUUUGCAUCAUUCAUUUUUCCGACUUUUCAUCUUUAUCUUUAUUGGAAGAUAUCCAAGAGAAAAGACUACUUCUGGGACGUUUAUUCUCCCUACCACUUUGAAAUACCUUAUCAAUAUUAUUUUUCUUUCUCUCUCAAACCAGUUUUUCUUCCUGUUGAGUUUAAGCAAUGAUUUGUAUAAAGGAAUUUUGCUGUACAGUUAACAGGGAGGUGCUAAAUGUAUGUAUAUGUAUAACUAAUUGUCCUAUGUAUCAGCCUGCAAUAAAAAUAUUACAAAACAUUAAA